UUUCAGCUGAAGUGAAACGAACGAAAUGGAAAGGAAUUUGAAUGAUUUGGCAAUUCGUAAAUUUCAGUUGGCGUCAGAAUUUUUAGCACUUAAUAGGGAAAUGGGGACUACUCUCGAUAACUAUCGGCUCAACUUAUCUAAAACAAAGUCAAUUAUAGGAUUAUCAGCAACAAGUGCCGCAUUUAUCGACAACCGCGAUUUGGAACCAGUUGUUCGGGUUGAAAUAAAUUCAGAUGGGAUAUUUUCUUUGGUACCAAGUGAUGCGCUGAAUAAAGUCAGUAAGGGUUGUCAGUUUCGUCCAUUUGGUAUCCUAGAACCACUGUGCGCAAAAGCUGCUCGACAUGAUAUCGUAAAAGCAUUUCCACUGAUUUGUGAAAUAGCUAAUAUAAAAUACAAAUUGAAAGAACUGGACGAGGAAUAUCGUAAAAUGAAAGAAUCUUUAGCUUUGGUUACCUAGAUUAUUAAAAGUUAUUAAUGCAAUUUAUUUGUCGUUUAGCAUCAUUUAAUCCAGGUGCUGUAACAUCGAGAGCAUUUCUCUGGUUAUGCUUUUCCAGUGCCAAAUAUUUUGCUAUUUCAACACCGGGAUGGGCUGCCCAAGCCGCGUUUUUUAGAACCAAAGCAUAAUUUAAAAUGUAAAUUUUUCACUAAUUUAAUACUCGUCGUUUUUCCAACUUCAUAUUAAAUUGUUUUAAAUUCAUCAAAAC